AUGGCGGCGGAUCAAACAAUUUCUGUUGCAAUAGUUGGCCAUUCUUAUGUACGGCGUUUGAAAGUUUAUGCAGCUCAACAGAACAUUCCUUAUCUACGAUUGGACACUGAUAAGUUCUUUGUGUCAAUUCGAGGAAAAGGGGGUCUGUGUUUACGGCAUCUUCGAAGCGAUGCUAACAUUGUGCAUUUUGUAAAUGUCCCGGAUAUUUGUUUUCUACAGAUUGGUGAAAAUGACAUUGUUCCUGAAAGUACUCGCGACAUGGAACAGCACAUAUCAUUGACGCUGUUUGGGGGACUUUGUUCUGUAAUUGGGACUUCUGAAGUUAUUGCCAUGAGGAGAGAUGUGGCAGACGUAAUAGAGGCGGUAGAACAAAGAGUCAGAUCAAGUGAUGAGAGUAUGAGUAGCAUGGAGAGUGGAAGUCAAAGAGAAGGAUUCCGGCUCAUCGGAUCAGAUUUAGACUCAAUGAAAUGGUUCAACGAUCAUAGA